UCAAGAAAAAUCACAGCUGGCUGCAGCGGACCGUCUCCCAAUGAGUCUAGGACUGCAUUAUGUAUUGAAUCGUUAUGGCUGUGAUGUCAAAACAGACAUGGUCAAUGAGCAAAUUGUUGCGACGGCUUCUGCCUUGUUUCAGUGUGAUUCUGUUGAGAAGCAAUAUUCUGGAGCCUUGCGCCGUGCAGGCGACCUCAUUAGGGAUGUUUCUGGCAUCAACUGCAAGGGUUGGACGUUACUGAAAAUUGCAACCGCUCUGAAGAUGAUAUGGUGGCCUGAAUUUGGCGACUCUUGUGAGGUUUCAGAAGAUGAGGUGUUAAGGUUGGUGGUUGAUGCAGAUAGAUAUCAAGUUCACAAGAAUAAGGAUUCUUGCUUGAGAGCCUACAAAGAUAUGGUCGAAGCUCAUGAAGUUAAGACCUCGAAAAAAGAACUACUGAAAUCGUUGGUUGAGCUGGCCAAAGAAACAUAUAAGGCGGAAGGGCCUGAGAAGAAUAUAUAAACCGUAUAAGCUCACAGAUAGCUGAAACUAUUGCAACUAAUGGUUUGGUCUUAGUCUGAAGAGAGUUUUUCGUACACAUGUUGCCUCAUAUAGGGUAUUAAUGAACCUAAGAUAUUGGUUGACUUUAUCAGA